AUGGGAACAGUGGCACUUGAUGCCACGGUGUUCACCGCUUUGGGAAUAUUGGGAAAAUCUGCAACAAGAACACCGCGAGUUUUAUCGGUUGUUUCUUCGGUUUUCGAGAGAUCCAUUCGAAAGAAUGAGAAAUUAAUUAGGCGAUCAAAGAUGAAAGAUGUGAUUACAAUGUUCCAUGCAUCAGAAGUUCCCGCCUUGAGCAUCAGACGGUAUAUCGAGCGCAUUUUCAAGUACUCAAGCUGCAGCCCUUCUUGCUUUGUUGUUGCAUACAUAUACAUCGAAAGGUUCCUUCAACGCACAGGGAUUUGUCUUACUUCUCUCAACAUUCACCGCCUUUUGAUCACCAGCAUUAUGGUCGCUGCAAAAUUUAUGGAUGAUGAAUGUUAUAGCAACGCCUACCAUGCCAAAAUUGGAGGUGUGAGCUUAUCUGAGUUGAACAAAUUAGAGAUUGAAUUCUUGUUGAGUCUGGAUUUUAAACUCCAUGUAACUAUAAACACGUUUGGAAAGUACUGUCGGCAGCUUGAGGAUGGUGUUGGAGAGAACCAAAUUAGUUUGAGGGCGUCCAGCAUCCAUGGAGACUGACAAAACGAAACGCCUUUGUGUAUGGUGUUCAGACACCGAAUUUGAUUCUAAUUCAAAUUGAAAAAAUGUAAAAUACGUUAGGGAACCUUGAUUCUAAUUCAAUUUUAUUGAACAAUUUGUACUCAAUCUGUGUAGGCAACAUAUGCAAAUACUUAAUUAUGGACACCACCUUAUCAAAAUU